AUGAACACCUUUUAUCUUCUCUCGAAUUCAUCACAUCUCAAAGAUCUUAGCCAAACUCACCAUAUAAUAUUAGCGGCUUUGUGCAGGUUAUCGGAUUCUAGCUGUCUCGUUCGAAAUUGCUCCACCCAUAUAAAGUUUACCGGAGUGCCACUGCUGAGUAGCACCGCCACCGCCACCGCCACAGCCACCACACACAUACCUAAGCACCGCAAGAGAAGAAAAAUGCUAUGUUUGGCUCGUCCACAUUGUUCGUUAUCAUUUAUCAACCCCAAUUUUGAGAAAGAGUCGUGGGCUACUCUCUCUGCUUUCACUUCGCAACCUACUCUUCUAAAUAGUUUUCAUAGGAAAGGGGACACUCAUAGAAAUUUUCAAAGCUACUCGCUGAAGAGUGCACUUUCUAAGGUGAAAAAUCCUCCGUCUCCAACCCCCGAGACAUUAGUAAAGGAACCCCAUAAAUAUUUUGAUCAGGUGGUGAUCACUGUCCGUGCUGGAGAUGGAGGUCAUGGAGCCAUCCUUAGUAUGCCUACUCAGAGGGCUGCUUCUAACUCACGAGGAAAAUUUGGUAAAAACAAGAUAAAGGAAAAGAGUUCAUAUAAAAGGGAUUUUGAUGGCUCACUUGUUCUUCCUAUGGGCGGACACGGUGGUGAUGUUGUGAUAUAUGCAGAUGAGAGCGAAGAUUCGUUAUUGGAGUUUCACAAGAAAAGUCGAUACAGUGCAAAACGUGGAGGAAAUGCUGAUUCAAUGGGUGUUCUGUCAUCACAACUGCGUGACGGACUUGCCGCUCCAUCUCUGCGUAUUCCAGUUCCUCCAGGAACAGUUAUAAAACAUAAAAGACGAAAGCUUCUGGCUGAUUUAGCUCGUCCAGGCGAUGAAGUUCUUGUAGCCAGGGGUGGACAAGGAGGGAUUAGCUUGUUGGAAGUCCCUGAGCAUAAAAGGAAGACAACGACAGCUUUAACCACUAAUGUGAUGAGAGAUGACAGUGAUAAGGUUUUGGUUCUUGGUCAGCCUGGUGAAGAGGUUAGUUUGCAGUUGAUACUUAGAGUUGUUGCAGAUGUUGGUCUCAUUGGACUCCCAAAUGCCGGAAAAUCUACUCUAUUGGCAGCCAUUACACUUGCGAAGCCUGAUAUAGCUGAUUAUCCGUUCACAACCUUGAUGCCAAACUUGGGACGCCUUGAUGGUGACCCUAGCUUAGGGGCAGGAAAAUUUUUAUCUGAGGCAACUUUAGCAGAUUUGCCUGGUCUCAUCGAAGGAGCCCAUCUGGGGAAGGGUCUUGGUCGCAAUUUUUUAAGGCAUUUGAGGAGGACUCGGCUGCUGGUCCAUGUUGUUGAUGCAGCUGCUGAGGACCCUGUGAGUGAUUACAGAACAGUGAAAGAAGAAUUGCGGAUGUACAAUCCUAAUUACCUUGAACGACCAUACAUUGUGGUGCUAAAUAAAGUUGACAUUCCCAAGGCAAUGGACAGACUUCCAUCUUUAAAGGAAGAAAUAUUGAGAAUCGGAAGUGACAAGAUUGAUAUGCACACUGAUGCAAUCUCCAAAACUGAUGCCUUUUCCAUGUCAAAUGACAAGGACCAAGCUGUUGAUCAAAAGAUGAAGGAAAUUGAAGCAUAUCCACGACCUCUUGCUGUUGUGGGCGUUAGUGUUCUGAGACGUAUAAACAUCAAUGAAAUGUUAGAGGCCAUAAGGGCAACUCUGCGCCAUUGUCAGGAUAUUACUGGCUUACUGGGAACAUCUGCAGGACAAUGACGAAGUCUGGUGAUCACGAAUAAUUCUAAGGUGGCUGAUGUCGAAUUGUCAUAGUCUGCUACAACUUGAUUUUGGACGAACUCGACCAGCCUGCUGCAAGUCGAAAAUCCCAAUCUGUGUUAUGGCUAUCUCAUGCCUGAAAUGAGCCAUCAUGUACAGAUUCUAGCAAUCGAAUUUACAUUUCUAGGAUGAAUGCACUAUUAAUUCAUCAAACACCUUGAGGUUCCCCAGAUUUGGGCAGUAUGUGCAGUUAGGGUUUUGUAUGGACCUCUUUUCUUCUCUUUUUUCAACCUGGUAAAAAAAUUGGUUUGAUGUUGCUGAAUUGAUGGGCUAGCAUGGUAAUCCAGAUUACUUUUUAUGCAAUUAUUAGCCCGUGUAUCUCAAAUUUUGAGCCCAACAGAGUCGCGUAGUCUACCCUAAAUUCAUUAAGAAUAGUUUGUUGUUGACUUGCUUA